AUGAAGGCCGGCGCCAAGUCGCCGCACGCAUCGAGUCGCCGGCGGUCAUCGUCGAAAGAGGUGUCACCGCCGAUGACGCCGGACCCGCUCCUCCUCGCACAGCUCCAGCAGCUCCAGCUCGCGCAGCAGCUCCAACAGCACGGCCAUCUUCUCAACUACCCACCGAUGGUCUAUCCCGCUCCAACCAUGACCGGCAGUCGCCCACCCAUGGAGGAGCCAGCACCGAGUGCGCUCAUCCUUCAGCAGCUUGAAGCGAAGGAGUCGCGCAUGGCCCAGCUCUCGGCGCUUCUCGAGGCCGUCAAGCACGAGUCAUCGGGCACGACCGAAGCCAUGCAGCGGAUGCUCCACGAGCUUCAGACGCUCCAACAAACCAACGCAAGCCUCACGUCCGAGCUUGGCAGUGCCAAGGAGGCGCUCGUAGCGCAAGACGCGAACCAUUCUGCGCAGCUACAACACAUGCUGCGCGCUGUCGACGACGAGCGCCGCGACGCUCAAGCACGCUUUGACGCGACCCUUCAAGAGCGAGAGGGUGCGUAUGGUGCGGCGCGCCAUGCGCUCGAGUGCGAAGUCGCCGCACUCCGCAGCGACAAGGCUGAACUUAGCACCGAAGUUGCGCAGCUGCAGACCCAUUGCAAUGCGCUGCAGGAAGCCCACUUGGCGCUCGAAAGCCAGCUGCAGGCAGCCAUGCAUGACAGCGACUUGGCCAAGGACGAACUCGAGAGCUACCGCGCCAACAUGAACCUCAAGCUCCACGACGUCGAGGCCGAGAAGCAGGAGCUAGCGCAGCACUUGUCGGCGACGUUCCAGGACCUCGAGCGGGCCCGGGCGGCGCUCGUGGAUGUCAACAACAAUGCGGCACAGCUAUCGGCCUCGCUGGCGCAGAACGACCAGUCGUGGCAGCGGACGCUCGAGAGCUUUGAGCGCCAGCGCGCCGACGAUGCCAAGGAGCGGGCGGCGCAAGCCACCACGAUAAAGGCGCUUGAAGACGCCCUCCAAAUGGAACGAGGGCAGAAGGAAGAACUCAACACUGCGAUGCGGAGUGAGCUGCAGCGCUACAGUGAUGAGAUGCUCGCACUUGAUGCACAACACAGCAGCAUCGCGCAUAGCUUGCGCUCCGAGCUUGAAACCAGUCAGGCCUGCCUGGUGCAGGCCAAAGCCGAACUCGCGACGCUGCACGAUGAGGCCACGCGCCAGGCGACCGCCCACACCGAGGCCGCGCGCCAGCUGGAGAAGACGCUGAGCCUCAAAAGCGAGGCGCUGGAAGCGUACGCCGAGUCGAACCAGUCGCUUCAAACCGAAGUCGAUGCGGCUAACUUGAGGCUCGCGAGCCUCUCGAGCGAGCUGGAUACGGCGCAUUUUGCUCGACGCACCGUCGACGACCGGCUUUGCGCGCUCACAUCGACGCUGAAGCAGCUGGUGGCGCUGCUUGAAUUGAAUGCGUCGACGGUUGAGAAUGACCCGACAUUGAUCCUUCCCGCUGUCUCGGAGCUAGCGACUUUGGCCUCCGAGCGACAUCAACUUUUGAACGCACUCCAGACCCAGCAAGCCCAACAACUCGCGGACGUAGCAGCGUGGGCUACUGAGAAGGAGCAGCUCGCGGCACAAGUCGCUGCCAAAGAGAGCGAGCUUUCAAGUGUUCAGCUCGACUGCGCCACGCUCGCUUCGGAGCUCCAGUCGCGUGCAGCGGCGCAAGCCAACGAGGUGACGACCAUCACGCAAACGUGCGAAGCCAAGGUCAUGGCCUUGGAGACAUCUCUGCAAGCAGCCACGCUGCAGACAAUGCAGCUCUCACGCUCGGUCGAGACGCAGAAGCAGCGCAUGCACCAGCUCGAGGACGAAAAGCGCGAUCUUCUCCAGGAAGCGGACCAGCUCAACCGCAGCCUCGAGAGCAUGUUUCAAGGCAAGAACCACCUCCAACUCGAGGUGGAUACGCUGCGCGACAAGCUCGCAACGACACAAGCCGAGCUCGGGGAUGUCAGCGACAGCCUCGCUCAGAUGCAAGCCACAUCCGUGGCCGACUACGACGACCUCCGGACGCGCGCGGCCGGCCUCGAGCACCAGCUGCAGUCGGAGCGAUUGCAGUUUGAGCACGAACUGACGACAAAAACGCAGCAGCUGGCGGCGGCCGAGGCCGACAUCUCGCGCUUCCAUGCGCAGCUCCAGAGCGUCCAAAGCGAGCUCGAAACGGCGCGGGAGCACUUGAUCGAGAUGAACGCUGCGGUUGAAGGUCAAGCGCAAGCCCUCGCCGAGGCCACCGAAGCGGCAGCCGAGUGGAAAGACAAGGCCGAUGCCUUGACUGCUGCCACAGUCAACGUGGAGGGCACGCUCAAGCACGAGGUUGCGAGUUAUAGUAGCCAGUGCAUCGCCCUUAGCGGCGAGAAGAAGCGACUCGAAGUCGAACUGAGUGGACUUCAGAGUCAAGUGGACCAGCUGCAAAGCGAUGUGCAGGGUCUACGCAACGAGAAGCGCAGUCUCCAGCAAUCGCUGCAAGAUCGCGACGAAGCCUUGCUCAGCGCACAGAGCGAUGUAGCGCAGGCCAAGGCCGAGCUCGACCGGUUGACUCGCACCAAGCAGAGCAUGCAAUCGGAGCUCGGGCGCAUGAACGACGAGGUGAACGACCACAUGCGCCAGCUGGAAGUGCUACGCCGCGAGUUUCGGCUCCAAGAAAAAGGGUUUGCAGCCCGCGAAGAGGCGCUGCGGAAGGAUGCAGAAAGUCUUCGGCAAGAAGCGAUGGAGGCCAGCGCACUCAACGACGAGCUGCAGGCGAAGAUGACAACGAUCCAAGCGGCGGCGAAUGCCACCAUCAAUGACCUCGUGGCCGAGCUGACGCAUGCCGAGGAAGCGGUUCGCGCCGAGAAGGCGUCGCGAGCCAAGGAGGACGACUUGCUUCGGACGCAAUAUCGUUACUUGGAAGAAGACAUGAAGCGCAAGGAGGCCGAGUGGCGGGAGAGUGCAACGAUCCUCAAGCGAGAGAGCGUCCUCCGAAAAGAGCACAUUGAGUCGCUCGAAGCCAAAUGCGCAAAACAGAAAGAGGCACUGGAAUCAAAAAAGAAUGACGUUGACAAGAUCACAAAAGACGCCGACCAAAAACACUUUCGUAUCGCAGAGCUCGAGCGCAAGCUGGCGCCGCUGCUCAACACCAAAGAGACGCUCACGCAGCGCGUCGCCGAUCUCAAGCAGACACUUGAAGCCAAGACACGAGAGAGCCAAGAGCUCGAGGAGCGACUGCGGGCGGACGUAGCAAAACUUCAAAAAGAGAAGCGAGACCUCGAAGCGUCCCGUGCCCGCCACGAGGACGAGACGGAUCGCGACAGCCUCGGGCGGUUCGCAACGCUGCAGGCGACGCUGACCAGUGAAAAUAAGACGCUCAAAGCCCACAUUGAGCGCUACAAGAGCGAUCUCCAGGACGCGAGCCAGAAUGUGUUGACGCUCGCGCAGCGCCUUGACGCGCUCCAAGCCAACUCCAACCGCACGAUCGCCGAACUUAGCGCCGAGCUGCAAACGUCGUCGCAGCAGUACGAAGCACAAGUCAGCGCUCUCCAGCGGGACUUGUCGCUCGCCAACGACCACGUGGCCGAUGCCAACUUGACGCGGCAGCUGCUCCAGAAAGAGAUCCGGCGCUUGUCCAAGGCAACUGACGACAAUCUCUUCUCGGUGCGGACGUCGGCAAGCCAGCCCGAGACGCGACACCUUAUUGCUGAGGAGCACGAUGCACCGCAGACGAGUCGCCCGUCCAGCGACCCGUUUGAUGCGCGGGAGAGCCUCUCGGACAUUCCAGUGGCGCUGCUCCGCGCCCAAAUCGGCCUCGACCUCUCCAAGCCCAGCAAAGGAAGCAACAACAACAACAACAAUCAAGUCGAGGGCGUGCCGUACUUGGACUUGGAUCAGCUGGUGAAAAGCAGCCAAAGUGUGAGCAUGCCGGCACUUGGGUUGUCCAGUGAGCGACUCGAUGCCGACGCGCUGCCUGAAGAUGUCGCUUCCGCUACCAAGGGGCCCGCCAAGAAGACCAAGCAUCUCAAGUUGCUCAAAAGCAAAACAAGGUCGCGUCCGUCCCUUGACGCCCUCCCAAAGCUUGUGUAG